GCGGCGCGCGCGCGCGCCCGAGAGGUGGCCCGAGAAGUGGAGCGGCGGUCGCGGGGGGAGGAGGAGGAGGAGGGACUGAGCGGCGGCGGCCCCCGCGUUCCGGUGCCUCUAUGGGGAAAGCAGACAAUGGAUUAUGAUUUCAAGGCGAAGCUGGCGGCGGAGCGGGAGCGGGUGGAGGAUUUGUUUGAGUACGAAGGGUGCAAAGUGGGACGCGGCACCUACGGGCACGUCUACAAGGCGAGGCGAAAAGAUGGAAAAGAUGAAAAGGAAUAUGCAUUGAAGCAAAUUGAAGGCACAGGAAUAUCCAUGUCGGCUUGUAGAGAGAUUGCACUUUUGCGAGAAUUGAAGCACCCUAAUGUGAUCGCCCUGCAGAAGGUGUUCCUUUCUCACAGUGACAGGAAGGUGUGGCUGCUGUUUGAUUAUGCCGAGCAUGAUUUAUGGCAUAUUAUUAAGUUUCAUCGUGCAUCAAAAGCAAAUAAAAAGCCCAUGCAGUUGCCAAGAUCUAUGGUUAAAUCAUUACUUUACCAGAUUCUUGAUGGUAUCCAUUACCUCCAUGCAAACUGGGUGCUUCACAGAGAUCUGAAACCAGCAAAUAUCCUAGUAAUGGGAGAAGGUCCUGAGAGGGGGAGAGUCAAAAUAGCUGACAUGGGUUUUGCCAGAUUAUUCAAUUCUCCUCUAAAGCCACUAGCAGAUUUGGAUCCAGUAGUUGUGACUUUUUGGUAUCGGGCUCCAGAACUUUUGCUCGGUGCAAGGCAUUAUACAAAGGCCAUUGACAUAUGGGCAAUAGGUUGCAUAUUUGCUGAAUUGUUGACUUCAGAACCUAUUUUUCACUGUCGUCAGGAAGAUAUAAAAACAAGCAAUCCCUUUCAUCAUGAUCAACUAGAUCGGAUAUUUAGUGUCAUGGGGUUUCCUGCAGAUAAAGACUGGGAAGAUAUUAGAAAGAUGCCAGAAUACCCGACACUUCAAAAAGACUUUAGAAGAACAACGUACGCCAACAGUAGCCUCAUAAAGUACAUGGAGAAACACAAGGUCAAGCCUGACAGCAAAGUGUUCCUCUUGCUUCAGAAACUCCUUACUAUGGAUCCAACCAAGAGAAUUACCUCAGAGCAGGCUCUGCAGGAUCCCUAUUUUCAGGAGGACCCCUUGCCAACAUUAGAUGUGUUUGCUGGCUGCCAGAUUCCAUACCCCAAACGAGAAUUCCUUAAUGAAGAUGAACCUGAAGAGAAAGGUGACAAGAAUCAGCAACAGCAGCAGAACCAACAUCCGCAGCCCACAGCCCCGCCGCAGCAGGCAGCAGCCCCUCCACAGGCAGCCCCGCAGCAGCAGAACAGCACCCAGGCCAACGGGACUGCAGGAGGGGCCGGGGCGGGGCCCGGGGCCGCCGGAGCAGGGCUGCAGCACAGUCAGGACUCCGGCCUUAAUCAGGUGCCUCCAAACAAGAAACCGCGGCUAGGGCCUUCAGGCACAAACUCAGGCGGGCCUGUAAUGCCGUCAGAUUAUCAGCACUCCAGUUCGCGCCUGAAUUACCAAAGCAGUGUUCAGGGAUCCUCUCAGUCCCAGAGCUCACUAGGCUAUUCCUCCUCAUCUCAGCAGAGCGCCCAGUACCACCCAUCUCACCAGGCCCACCGCUACUGACCCGCUACAGCCAGAGCACAGACUCCAGCAAUAUGACGUCUGCAUUGAAGAGAACCAAAAAUGCAAACUCUGAUGCUAUUUAAAACUCAUCCACUUAGGAGGAAAACUAUUUACUGAGCAUUUUGCAGGACUGACUGAUGUCUUUAUCGACUUAAAGAAGAUUUUUGUGAAGUUUCCCCAGCACCCUUUCCCUGCAUGUGUUCUAUUGUGACUUCUCUGAUAAGGCGUCUGAUCUAAUCCCAGCACUUAACUUCUGUAACCUUCAGCAUUUUGGGGAAGGAUUUCCUGGUGCACCUUUCUCAUGCUGUAGCAAUCUCUAUGAUUUAUCUUUUCAAAGCUCUUUUACUAGGAUUUUAAUGUUUUAGAAACAGGAUUCCAGUGGUGUAUAGUUUUGUACUUCAUGAACUGAUCUAGCAACACAGGUAAAUAUGCACCUUUUAAAGCACUAUGUUGUUUUCACAGAAUAUAACUCUUUUGCUCAUGGAAGUCUUAAAUGGGAACUGUUACUGUCCCACAGUACUUUACUAUUACGUUUUUAUUUCUCUAGUUUCAGGGAAGGUCUAAUAAAAAGACAAGUGGUGGUACAGAGGGAACCUGCAACCAAAAACAGCCUAGAUCUUUGCAGUUACUAUGCUUUAUGCUAUGAAGAACUAAAGUAUGUGGUAAUUUUUAUAGAACCAUUCAUAUGGAACUUAGUUCCCAGAAUCAUCUUAUUCUUAAUAGUAUCCAGUAAUUAAGAAUUAUAAUUUUAACCUUCAUGUAGCUGACGUCUACUUUAAAAAGGGUUUCAAGAGCUUUGAUGAAAUACAGUCCUCUGGUGACCCACACCAGAAAACUGAAGAGAAUAUUAACUGCACUAGGAUUUCUUUAAGGAGUAAUGUUGAUCAAAGGGAAGGAAAAGCUUUUAGUGUGUAUUGUACAUAAAGUUGGCUUCUCUAAAGAACUGUUGGUUUCUUCACUCCUGGGUCAGUUUGAGUAACUUUCUUACAUAAUCAAAGGUACUCAAAUAGAAGCCUGCAAAUUAAUCUGCUUUUAAAAUAAAGAGCAGUGUUCUCCAUUCGUAUUUGCAUUAGACAUAGAGUGGCUAUUUUUAAAGCAUGUUAAAAAUUUAGGUUUUGUUCAUGUUUAAAGUAUGUAUUAUGUAUGCAUAAUUUUGCUGUUAUUCCUGAAACUUAAUUCUAUCAAGAAUCUUUUCAUUGCACUGAAUGCUUUCUUUUGCCCCUAGGAGAAAACUUAACAAUUGUGCCUGAACUAUGGGCAGAUAGUGUACGACAUGUUAGAUAAGUGCUAUUUGCAUUCCUAUGACCUAUGACUUGGAGGCCGAGUUCUUUCUGAG